AGGGAGAGAGUAAGUCCUCCAUUUCGAUGCUCCAGGAAUUUAUGAUGAAAGGGAUGAAACAAUUACCUAAUUAUACAUUAAUCCAUGAUGGUGGUGGGACUCACCUAUCUUCAUUUACUAUAAGAGUUGAAUGUAACGGUGAAAGUGUAGAAGCUACUGCUUCGUCAAAAAAAGAAGCUAAGCACAAAGCAGCACAGGCAAUGUUAAAUUUAUUAUCCAAAGAAUUGGUUAUUAAAAAAUCGGAAUCAGUGGUACCAUCUAGUGAAAUAAAAAGUGUUAAUAUUAUACCACAUGAGGUGACUUUCGUAAAUUCAGCUUUCAAUUCUAUUGGAAAACUUCAGCAAUAGAAGAUAGCAAGACAUGUGCUUUAUAUUUAUAUUUAUAUUUAAUACAACCAUUGUAGGGGUAGAAUAUGGAUUUCCAAUGUAUUUUUAACCUCUGACUGUUCUUCUGCCUGAAGGCAGUCACAGAAGGAGUGUUAUGUAUUUCACUUUAAUAGAUUUUUGGGCACUGUACAGAACUGCAAUAUUUUAAUAAUUUCAAGCUAUAUUUGUAAAUAUUUUUUUUUUGCUAUAAAUAUGCAUAUACAAAAUUUUACUAAUUCUAUCUAUGAAAGUAAAGAAGAUACGGUUUAUAAUUAAUUUUUUUUUUAUAUGCAAUGUCUUUGUUUUUCAUAUUAUGGUAGGAUUAAAAAAAACAUUAAGGCCUGAUUCUUCUGAUAUCACUUAAUAUCAAAACUGUUUAUCUUGAAAAUGCAAAUAUAUCAUUAACGAAUCACAUAGUUAAAAUGAGUGAAUAAUAAACCUGCUAUGACUUAAUACGCUUUUCGUAAAUCACUUGAAAAAUUUAAGAACUCACAUUAAAAGAAAAACGUUAUAUCCCAGUUCUCUUUAAUGGAAUAAAUUGCUACUUGUAUUUCUGUA